CCCACUUUCCUUGUGGAACUGUCCAGAGUGCUGGCAAAUCCAGGAAACAGUCAGGUUGCCAGAGUCGCAGCUGGUCUACAAAUCAAGAACUCUUUGACAUCUAAAGAUCCAGAUAUCAAGGCACAAUAUCAGCAGAGGUGGCUUGCAAUUGAUGCUAAUGCUCGGCGGGAAGUCAAGAAUUAUGUUUUGCAGACUUUGGGCACAGAAACUUACCGGCCUAGUUCUGCCUCACAAUGUGUGGCUGGUAUUGCUUGUGCAGAGAUCCCAGUGAACCAGUGGCCAGAACUCAUUCCUCAGCUGGUGGCCAAUGUUACAAACCCCAACAGCACAGAGCACAUGAAAGAGUCGACAUUGGAAGCUAUCGGUUACAUUUGCCAAGAUAUAGACCCAGAGCAGCUACAGGAUAAAUCCAAUGAGAUUCUGACUGCCAUAAUCCAGGGCAUGAGGAAAGAAGAGCCCAGUAACAAUGUGAAGCUGGCGGCUACAAAUGCACUCCUGAACUCCCUGGAGUUCACCAAAGCGAACUUUGACAAAGAGUCCGAAAGGCACUUUAUUAUGCAGGUGGUCUGUGAAGCCACACAGUGUCCGGAUACAAGGGUACGAGUGGCUGCCUUACAGAAUCUGGUAAAGAUAAUGUCCUUGUAUUAUCAGUACAUGGAGACGUAUAUGGGUCCCGCUCUUUUUGCUAUCACAAUUGAAGCAAUGAAAAGUGACAUUGAUGAGGUGGCCCUACAAGGGAUAGAAUUCUGGUCCAAUGUGUGUGAUGAGGAAAUGGACUUGGCCAUUGAGGCUUCCGAGGCAGCAGAACAAGGACGACCCCCUGAGCACACCAGCAAGUUUUAUGCCAAGGGAGCACUACAGUACCUGGUUCCAAUCCUCACGCAGACACUAACUAAACAGGACGAGAAUGAUGACGAUGAUGACUGGAACCCCUGCAAAGCGGCAGGCGUGUGCCUCAUGCUCCUGGCCACCUGCUGUGAAGAUGACAUCGUCCCACAUGUCCUCCCCUUCAUUAAAGAACACAUCAAGAACCCUGAUUGGCGGUACCGGGAUGCGGCAGUAAUGGCUUUUGGCUGUAUCUUGGAAGGACCAGAGCCCAAUCAGCUCAAACCACUAGUUAUCCAGGCUAUGCCCACCCUAAUAGAAUUAAUGAAAGACCCCAGUGUAGUUGUUCGAGAUACAACUGCAUGGACUGUGGGCCGAAUUUGUGAACUGCUCCCUGAAGCUGCCAUCAAUGAUGUCUACUUGACUCCCCUGCUGCAGUGUCUGAUUGAGGGCCUCAGUGCUGAACCCAGAGUGGCUUCAAAUGUGUGCUGGGCUUUCUCCAGUCUGGCUGAAGCUGCUUAUGAAGCUGCAGACGUGGCUGAUGAUCAGGAAGAACCAGCAACCUACUGCUUAUCUUCUUCUUUUGAACUCAUAGUUCAGAAGCUCCUGGAGACCACAGACAGACCUGAUGGACACCAGAACAAUCUGAGGAGUUCUGCUUAUGAAUCUCUGAUGGAAAUUGUGAAAAAUAGUGCCAAGGAUUGUUACCCUGCGGUUCAAAAAACUACUCUGGUUAUCAUGGAACGACUGCAGCAGGUGCUGCAGAUGGAGUCACAUAUCCAGAGCACGUCUGACAGGAUCCAGUUCAAUGACCUUCAGUCUUUGCUCUGCGCAACUCUUCAGAAUGUUCUCCGAAAAGUGCAACAUCAAGAUGCUUUGCAGAUCUCUGAUGUGGUCAUGGCCUCCCUGUUAAGGAUGUUCCAAAGCACAGCUGGGUCUGGAGGAGUGCAAGAGGAUGCUCUAAUGGCAGUUAGCACACUGGUGGAAGUGUUGGGUGGUGAAUUCCUAAAGUACAUGGAGGCCUUUAAACCCUUCCUGGGCAUUGGAUUGAAAAAUUAUGCUGAGUACCAGGUUUGUUUGGCAGCUGUGGGCUUAGUGGGAGACUUAUGCCGAGCUCUGCAGUCCAACAUCUUACCUUUCUGCGAUGAGGUGAUGCAGCUCCUGCUGGAGAACCUGGGGAAUGAAAACGUCCACAGGUCUGUGAAGCCACAGAUUCUGUCCGUGUUUGGUGAUAUUGCCCUUGCUAUUGGUGGAGAGUUUAAAAAAUAUCUAGAGGUUGUCUUGAAUACUCUUCAGCAGGCCUCCCAAGCCCAGGUGGACAAGUCAGACUAUGACAUGGUGGAUUAUCUGAAUGAGCUAAGAGAAGGCUGCUUGGAGGCCUAUACCGGAAUUGUCCAGGGAUUGAAGGGAGACCAGGAGAACGUGCACCCGGAUGUCAUGCUGGUACAGCCCAGAGUAGAAUUUAUUCUGUCUUUCAUUGACCACAUUGCUGGAGAUGAGGAUCAUACAGACGGAGUAGUAGCUUGUGCUGCUGGACUGAUAGGGGACUUGUGUACAGCAUUUGGGAAGGAUGUACUGAAAUUAGUAGAAGCUAGGCCAAUGAUCCAUGAACUGUUAACGGAAGGACGGAGAUCGAAGACUAACAAGGCAAAAACCCUUGCUACAUGGGCAACAAAAGAACUGAGGAAACUGAAGAACCAAGCUUGAUCUGUUACCAUUGGGAUGAUAACCUGAGACCCCCACUGGAAAUCUCCAAUCUUUUGAAAAACCCGGAAGUGAGGAGUGUGCACGGAUGCUGAAUGUUUGGGAAUGAGAGGAUGAGUGAGUGAGGCUUGAAAACACACCACAUUGAAAAUCCUGCCACAGCAGCAGCCGCAGCCGCCAACAGCAGCGCUGUUAGUGAGCUAAGUAAGCACUGACUUCGUAGAAAACCAUAACGUCGGCCAUCUUGGAAAAGAGAAAAACGAUGGAUUUACUUGCUUAGGAAAAAAAAGAAAAAGAAAGUUAUCUCUUCCCAGGAGAGGCUAGAACUAGCUUUUCUGUCUUUUGGCCGGUGCCGAGUGGAGUGACUGGUUGGGAGAAGAGGGGGGACUGGGUUCAGCUGUGGUGCUUUGUUGUAAAAGGCAGCCUGGCCUUUGCUACUGAUAAGAAAGAUGGAGCCUGGGUCUCAAGCCCGCCUUUGGUGUACCUUUGCCACACGGUACUGUUCGCGUGCCGGCUAAAAGGAGGGUGAGGAUCCUUUACAGUCUGAGAAUGAGUGUGUGUGAGUGAGGCGGUAUCCACAUUCUCAACUUCAAGUCAUUGCAGUUUCUUUUUCCCAGAAAAAAAGGGGUUAGAUGUUGCAUUUCAUAAAACUAACCGAAGUUCUGUCUACUGAUGCAGCACAAGAGAUGUGUUUAAAAAAAAAAAAAAAAAAAGGAAAGACGCUCAUUAGGUUUUGUUUUUUGUUUUGUUUUCUUUCUUUCUUUUUUUUUGUUUUGUUUUGUUUUUAAUUAUCUUCUAGGGAAAACACUGACGAAUGGUCAGAGCUCCCGUAUCCUGAUCUUUUCAUCAAGGCGCCUUUCCUAAUAAUAUGGUUCAACUGUGAAUGUAGAAGUGGGGGGGAGGGGGGGAGAAAAAGAAAACUCUGGAGUUAGAGGAUCUAGAACAAAUUAAAAUACAGUUGUUACAAGUAAAGAAUGCAAACUUCAAAACAAAAGAAAGCCACAACCCAAACAAACCAAAAUUUAGAUGCUCAGAAUUGGCAGCACCAAAAGAGAAGUUCUCUCCUGACAUGUAUCGUGGUAGUCUGAACACCCCCAGAAAAUUGUGCCAAAGAGUUUAGAAAACAAAUAUACAAUAAAAGUACGCACGCACGUACAUGCACACACACAGCAAACUUCAGGUAACUAUUUUGGAUUGCAAACGAGGAUAAAUUUAAUGUUCAAACAAUCUGAUAAAAUAACCAUUUGGAAACUGCUUGGGCUUCUGUUCUCUUUUAUUUGAUUGACUACAAUGCGAUAUUGGUCUCUUGCUGCACUUCAAAACCAACUAACCAACAAAAAAAACAAAAGUAUAUAUAUACUAGAACUCUUGUGAUGAAAAUGGCACUUGGAAAAGGUUUUAUUUUUCCACUGAAGGUGAAGAUUAAUAAAAUGGUGUCACACAUUCCCCUGGUCACACAAACUAAUAUUUUUUUUAGAAGUGUGAUGUGCUAUGAGAACCACAAAUCAGACUAAGUUAUUUUCCCUUUUACUAGGGAACAGGGCACCCUGAAUUUUGGUUUUAGAAUCUUUCAGCAAUAAGGAGGGAUGUCGGUGAGCUUUGAUCCCCUUUUGGUUUUGCAGUUAUUAGGAGUUUUUGCAGGCAUUUUGAAUAUGCUGCUUUCAGAAACCCCAAGGAAGAUUUUUAAUUGCUUCCUGGUAUUUGGAGGAUUCAAACACAAGACCUUAAAUUCCCACUUCCAUUUCCAUUCUAGCAAAAAAUGUGGGCUUACGUUUUUCUCUUUGCCAUUUUCCCUUUGCUGUCCAAGCCUUCCAUUCAUCAGUGGGAUUGGCUCAGUUUUGCUCAUCCAUAUGGCAGCAUCUCUAAUAGCUCUUGUACAGGGUAUCAGAUAUUGUGCCUUUUGGUGCCAGGUUCAAAGUCAAGUGCCGAUCUAUGAACCAGUGUACAAAAAAAAACAAAACA